AUGGCUGGAAUUAUCCUCGAGUCCGCCAUAGUGCUUGUGCCCCUUGGGUGCGCCGCGAUAUACAUCAUAGUGUCGUCUAACAAGCUACUGUUUAUUUUUUCCGUCUGCGCAAUCACCGUUGGGUUGGCCGCCAUGCGAUUGCGCUACCACUACUCCUCUGGCGCGCACGGUAACCUGGUUGUCAGAAUCAAAGAAUCGGCUCAGCCUUCAACUGAUGCCGCCACCGCCGCUGCCGACGAUACCCCAAGCGCCAAGAAGACUUUGGCUCAGGACCAAGCACAGAAGAAAAACUUACUGACUGCUGGCGAAACUCAAGUCCACGACAGCGACAGCGACAGUGAGGCCGGUGAGUUUGACGAGAUCGUCCAGGAUGCGCAUAGACACUGUGACAUCGACGACGAGGUUGUUGAUGGCAGCGGCGCGCUGCUCUCGCAAGCGGUAACGACGGACAGCACGAAAUAUGACGUUGGUCUGUAUGGAUCGGCGCUCUCAUACGACCACCGCUGCUUCUACAUUAACGGCCGCCCAAUGUGGGUGCUGGCCGCGGACUUCGACUACUGGCGCGUGGUUCUUCCGGCGGACUGCGCAGACAAGCAGCAGCUGUCAGCCAGUGAGCGGGUUGAUCAGGCGAAGAAGGCCUGGCGCCGCGUCCUACAGCAGUACAAGGCUGUGGGAUUUAACGCUGUGCGCAUCCGCUUCCACUGGGGCUUCCACUCGCCAAGCAAGGGCAAGUACGACUUCACGGGCACCCGCGACGUGCACCAACUGCUGACGCUCUGUGAGGAAAUGGGCAUCUUAGUGAUUGCCUGCCUCGGCCCCUUCAUUGGUGACGAUGUACAGGGCGGCGGGUAUCCCUUCUGGCUGAUCCAGCGCGACCACAUUCGUCUGCGCCAUCUGCUGCGCUCUGGCGUCAAGGUCUGGGACAACCGCUUUGCUGCCGCCGAGGCCGAGUGGUACGACCACAUCAUCUCUAUGAUUGUCAGCCACGAGGUCGUCACCAAGAACGUGCGCGGCCGCGGCUGCGUCGUUCUAGUGCAGCUGGAAAACAAGCUGGAGGCACGCGGACCACUGGGCCUUCCGCUGGCCCUGCAGGACGAGACGCGGCUGUUGGCGCGUAUGGCGCGCGAGCGAGUGAUUCGUACGCCCUUGGUCACCAACAACCACCAGUGGCCCGCUGACUUUUCGUCGUUUGCUGCCAAAACGUGGGCUCGGGUCGAGAAGAAGCUGCAGUCCUAUCGCAUCAUCGGCAGCGUCUACUGCACCGAUCUCGUGGGUUUCACAGUGCGCGACAUCACAAGCACCCCUGUUGAAAUUGACAGCGUGGCUCGCAUUACUCGCGGCGACAACGCGCCAAUGCUGGCGCUGGAGCUCUACAAGCCGACCGAGGGCGGAAGUUCGUUCAGCGAGCAGAUCGAGGCUGCGCUGAGCCAGGGGCUUUCAGCACUUUCGCUGCCUGGAUUUUUCGGUCUUGCCAACUGGGGAAACUUUGCAAGCCCUUCACUGACAGCCUUCCCCGAGACUUCCAACAAAUACGCCGCUGUCUCUGAGGACGGCGCACUGUCGACUGAUGCCCGUGCGGCACGGCUUGUGUUGCACAUUGCGCGCGCCUUUGAGCUUCAAGGCGCAGCGUCGGACUUUGUCAACUCACGGCCAUGGAUCAUGCGCACUGCCCUCCCAGCUGUGCGCGGCGUUAGCUUUAACAAGCUGCCCCCAAGCGCUGUUCGCGUGCGCAGGCAAUGGGAGUACGCUGAGGGAGCGAGCAGCAAUGACACCACAGCAGGAUCCUCGGGCAAAUCUGAGAGCAGCCGCCAGCUGGGAAUCGUGACGUACGUUGACGGGAGCUCUCUCCCGGCUUUGACUGCGACAAACCCCGAGGACUCGGAGCUUGCCUUUAUGUUUACGUUGGCAGACGCCCCGACACUGAACAAGGGCACCAGCUUUGCGCUCACCGGCACCCUGGGCCCUCGUAAGCGCGGCAUAUUUGUGUCUAAUAUUUUUGUCGGCACCGAGGCUGCCGCCGAUAGCGACCCUCUCCUGCUCGUUACUGCGUCCAAGGAAAUAUACGCGCGCAUUGUCCUCGACCAGCGGUCGGAGGUGUGGGUGUGCGCCGAGGAGAGCGUGCAGAGCGGCCAGUUCUUUUUCCACAAGGAGUGCAGGGUUAGCGGACAUGCUGAGGUCGAGGUCGUCGAUGUUGAGCACGCUAAGGGUCAAAAGUUCAGCUUUGUCAUUCCCAAGUCGGGUCCUGGCGUUGCUACGGUCAUCAGUCCUAGUGGCGUGUCCGUGCAUAUUGUGCUGCUCACUCAGCAGGCGCUGGACACCCUGGUUGUCGAUUACUGCAGCUAUGACCGCAGCACAAAGGCAUUGGGCGCGCAGACAGCGGCGGCAUGGGGUGCGGAUGGCAUUGUGCUCCAGUCUGCUGGUGACCACAUCGAGCUUGCGCUAUCCUGUUCCAGCGCAUUCCAGGGCGUAUCCGUUAUAUCCCCGCGGCAGCCGCAGGCAAGCGCGGGUGCACUUACGGUUCUGCCAGCUGCCGAAACGGAUGCGGUGUAUGGUGGACACCCGUUCCUCUGGCAGUUUGCCGUGGAUCUUAGUAGCCAGAAUGAUUCAAGCACCAGCGUUCUUUCAUCUGUUAAUGGCUUUGAGAAGCGCACGACCAACUGGGAGACCCUGCCGUGGAAGCUGCUGCCGACAAUGGCCGAUCUUGAGACGAUGGACGAAAUCAACCUGAUGUCGUGGCAGAGAGACCUGGGCAUGUUUGCCUACAACGCUAUUGACAUUGGCUUUAGCGCCAGCCACGUGCUGUACAGAUGCCAAGUUCGUCUUAAGCCCCAGCACAUCACAUCGCCCAAACUUUUGCUGCAAAUCAACGCCCGCCACCGCUGUACCGUCUGGGUUAACGGCGUGAGCAUGUCUGGCCACGAAACCUUCCACGAGCAAAACUCGCCUCGCGGUACUUUUUCGGCGUGGAAGGAGGCACUGAAGAACCCUGGAGCGUCGUGCGGACCCGAUAGAUGGGGCGGCACGCACACGUACGACGUGACAAGCGCAAUGCGCAUCUCACAGCCGCCCAACGCCACAAGCGGCAGCAGUGCUCCGACAGAGGAGGAAGAGGAGGGCGCGCUGAACGAGGUUAUGAUUGCGGUCGAAUCUUACGGUCUUGGAACUCAAUCUGACGGGCUCAACGAUGCUCGUGUGCCGCGCGGCAUCAUUGCUGCCUACUGGCAUGGAUUCAACCUGAUUGGUGAGGACCACGAUGACUCUGAGAUCCACGACCACUCGCAUGACCACCGCACCGAGCAGCUGCGCACCAAAUGGGAGAUUUGCGGUGUUGAUGUGACUCUCUUGCCCAACUCGUACAACUCGUCGGGUUUUCCAGACGAAAAGGCAACGUCGGGCUGGGCAGCUGCUGUCGAGUACCCGCUCAUGCAGGAUGGCUGGUCCACGCGGGUCAAGGUCAAUGUGGACGCAGGCGUGCAUUGGUUGCGCUGGCAGCUGCUUCCGCCGACCGAGCAGAGCGGAGAAGACGGUAUUGUUGAGCCUGUUUUCCUUAAUAUCAGCGGCAGGGUCACUGCCUAUGUCUGGGUGAACGGCGUCUUGCUUACUAAGCAUCGUGUGGGUGAGACUAAUUUGGCUUCAGCAGUGCUCCUGCGCGGUGGUGCGCUUGCGGGUAUUCGUGCGAGUGCAAAUACUGAAGACAAUGUAGUUGUCAUGUUGUACGGAUGGGCAGAGCAUUCUGACAUUACCGCCGAAAACAGUCGUCUAAUUUCUGUCGAUAUUUCGCUGACCAACAAAUGUAACGCUUAA